AUGAAUUACUUCAACAUGUUUGAUGGCCUCAAGGGCUACCACAUGGUACGCCUCGACGAAGAAUCAAUGACGCUAACCACCUUCUCUACCCCUUUCGGCCUAUUCCAAUACACCCGCCUCCCAAUGGGGAUCAGCCAUUCAGGCGACAGCUUCGGGAGCCGUUACCACCAGAUUUUCGGCGACCUCCCUAUCGCCAUUUGCGUGGAAGAUAUGUGCGUAUACACUGCCACAUACCCCGAAAUGCUGGCCCUGACAAAGGAAAUUGCCGAAAGAGCAGACAAGUACAACGUUUCCUUCAACACCAAGAAGACAAUUGGAGCAUUCGCAUCACAAGAAGGUGACUUCGCCGGAUACCGACUGGACAGAAAUGGAUAUGGACCAAGCCCAGGACUCACUAGAGCAAUAGCCGAAUUCCCCCGCCCAAACGACAAGACCAACCUUCGGUCAUUCAACGGCCUCUGCCAACAAGUCGGCCUUUUCAGCAACGAAAUCGCAGCAGCAUUGGCUCCAUUUGCCCCCCUUCUGAAAAAACAAGCCGCAUUUGUAUGGCUCGACGACCACGACAAAGCAUUCGUAGCAGCACGCCGCCUUCUUUCAAAUGUCCCAGCGCUGGCCUACUACGACCCGUCCCGACCGACAGAGCUAUUCUCCGACGCAUCGCGCCUCCGCGGACUCGGAUUUAUCCUGAAGCAGCAGCAAUCAGACGGACAAUGGCGGAUGGUGCAAGCCGGAUCAAGAUUCAUCGCUCCGGCCGAAUCCAGAUACGCCAUGAUAGAGCUGGAAUGCCUCGGAGCGGCCUGGGCCAUGAGCAAGUGCAAACAGUUCCUCGAGGGCCUACCUACAUUUGAACUGGUACUGGACCACCGGCCGCUAAUCCCCAUUCUCAAUGACUACUCGCUGGACCAGCUAGACAACCAGCGACUGCUCCGACUGAGAUUGAAAAUGUCUCGGUUCUGCUUCCAUGCCCGCUGGGUGCCCGGCACCCAAAAUAUUGAAGCUGAUGCCUUAUCCCGCUCCCCAACGGACAAACCAACCGAGGAGGACUUGCUCGGAGAAGGACCGAUGGUUUACACAGCCCGAAAAGCAGUCGUCGGUAUGAUAGCCGAGUGGACAGGUUCAAAAGAAAAAGCAACAGACAUAUGCCUGGAAGGCAUCAAAAUAGCCGCGGCUGCAGAUCGAGACCUACAGGACCUAAGAGAAGUAAUCUUAAACGGGUUUCCAAACGAAAAGACCAACCUACCAGCCAACCUACGUCCAUUCUGGGAUAAAAGAGAAAGCCUGGCGAUCGAGGACCACGAUAACAUGAUCGUGUGUGGCCCAAGAGUAGUAAUCCCCCGCGCUAAAGUCCCGGAGAUGCUGAAAAUCCUAGUUGGAAUGCACCAGGGAUCAACCAAGAUGCGACAAUGGGCCCGUCUGUCAGUAUACUGGCCACACAUGGACGCCGACAUCAACAACGCUGCGAAGUCGUGUGAAAGUUGCGUCAGACACCUCCCGUCACAGCCAGCAGAGCCGCUCCGCCCUCACCAUCCAGCAGCGAGACCAUUUCAAUUUGUCCAUGCAGACAUAGGCGAAGACGACGGGCGCUACUUUCUGGUCAUCGUCGACCAGUUUUCCGGAUGGCCAGACGUAACUAUGUACAACGACAAGAACACCACAGCCUACCGACUCAUCAACAGCAGUCGAGCUUUCUUCACAACGUUCUCCGCGCCGGAAGGAUUCUGGUCGGACAAUCAGCCUUUCAAAGCGGCCGAGUUCCAGGAUUUCUUGCGCACCUAG